AUGGGUCCAGGCCUCUACACCGACAUCGGCAAGAAGGCCAGGGAUCUCCUGAGCAAGGACUUCCAUACGGACCAGAAGUUUAUCCUCACUACCUACAGCUCCAAUGGAACCGUGAUAACAGCUUCGAGCACAAAGAAAAAUGAGUCCAUCUUUAGUGAGAUCCAGGCCCAGCUGAAGCAGAAGAAUGUCAGUGUGGAUGUGAAAGCAAAUUCAGACUCUCUGCUCUUAACUACAGUGACAGUUGAGGAACUUGGUGUACCAGGCUUGAAAAAGACAAUGACCAUUCCUUUUCCACAUCAAGGCUCUGGGAAGUUUGAAGUGCAGUACUUGCAUGAUUAUGCUGGUAUCAGCGCCAGUGCUGGCAUGAACGCAAAACCUUUGGUUAACCUUUCUGCUGUAUUUGGCAACAAAGCUAUUGCUGCCGGUGCUGAUGUUGCAUAUGAUACUGCUACUCGGGAUUUCACCAAAUACAAUGCUGGGUUGAGUUUCACCAAUGCAGAUCUCAUCGCUGCUGUGACCUUGAACGACAAAGGGGAGAGCCUCACUGCAUCCUACUACCACUUGGUGAACACAGAGAAGAACACAGCUGUUGGUGCGGAGGUGACUCGCAACUUCUCAACCAAGACGAGCACAGUCACCUUUGGGACGCAGCAUGCCCUGGACCCUACCACCACUGUGAAGGCGCGCUACAGCAGCAAUGGAAUGGCCAGCGCCCUCAUUCAGCACGAGUGGAGACCCAAGUCAUUCUUCACCCUAUCCACCGAGGUCCACGUCGACGCAUCUGGUGUCAAGAAGCCCCCCAAGGUUGGGCUGUCACUGGUCCUCAAGCCCUGA